AUGGAAUGUACAAAUCUAUAAGAUGAAUUGUUUUCUUUAGAUGAAGUUAUUGAAGAAGUAUAUAAAUUCAAGAAAAAAAGAUUAACGUAUGAUGACUUCUUUAAAAUUAUUGGUAAUCUACAUUAAUAGGAUCAUUAAUUAUCUACUUGUGUCAAUUCUUUAGCUGAUUCUAUUAAUGAUUUAACUUUAAGUGAUACUAAAGGGAAAUAAGAAAUUAGAGUAUCUUAUAAUGAUCCUACAAAACUCAUAAAAACAUAGUAAAGCUAUUAAGUUACAAGGCUAUCAAAAAGUCCUAGAUUAAAAAUAGAAAAUUUAUAGGAAGCAUAAAAAAAAUUAUUAGCUAAAAUCACAGAUAUUGAAAAUGAAAUAGAAUAUGUAUUUAUAGUAAUUAUAAUUCAAAGUAGAAAUAAUAGCAUUAGUUAAAGAAACCUCAUUAAUUAUUAAUUAAAGAAUUGACUAAACAAUUAACAUUAAAUUCAGAUGAAAUUUUAUUAAAUGGUGUGUCGAAUUUUACUUUAUAGGAUUUUUAUCUUGUGUUUCAUAAUCUUAAUAAAGCAAUAUUUAAUAUUUCGAUAUUGAUAUUUUAAGAGAGAUGUUAAGAAAUUAGAGAAGUCACAAUGAUUUUUAAAAAUCUCUAGGCAUUAAGCAUAAAUAAUCUUAAUAUUUAAGAAUUAAAAUUAGAAGAACUCACAGAAUUAAAAGUCUUAUCUGUUGCUGGAAAUCAGUUAAAAAAUUUAGAUGGUUUACCUCCCAAUUUGAUAGAACUUUAUGUUUAAAAUAAUCAAAUUUCUUCAUUGUCAAAAACUAAAUUUCUCAAGAUCUUUAAUAUUAGUGCAAAUAAUCUGAUUUAAUUGAAUUAAUUAACUUAUAUUAAUAAAUCCUUAGAAUUUAUUAAUUGUAAUCAUAAUAUGUGUUCAAACUCUAAAGAUUAUAAAAGAUUAUUAUUCAAAAUUUUUCCAAAUUUAAAAGGCGUAGAUAAAGAAGAUUUAUUAUUACAUUCCACAAUCUAAUAGCCUGACUUUCAUUAUAAAAAAUAAAUGAUGGAUUUUUCCUUUAGUUAAUCCUGA